CAAAAAAUCAGUUUUGCUUCUGCCGUCGUCAGAUACAGACGAACGCGAAUGUGCUCUUAGCAGCUCGGUCCAUUGUUUACUGCUUGCGCUGUAUGUGCCUUGUUUUCAAGCGCGCUUUGUUAUCCGAUCGUUCACAGUUAUUUCGUCGUCGGUGGUGUUUUGUGUCGAAUGAUAGAGCACGUACUCGACGUGAGUGAAAUUAUGACGAACACUGUGCAGUUUCGCUUCUCACCGGGUAGCCCUCGACCGUCGUGGGUUGAAAUGGCCAACUUCCUCAAAGAGUUGGACACUGAUUUGAAACUGAUCGAAACAACCUACAGGACAGUAGAGGAUCAAUCUUUGUUCAUAAAGUUCAAGUCCCCCGAGGCUAUGGAGGACUCGCUGAGAAAAAACGCGGAACCACGCCGAUUUGCUUAUGAAAGCGGGAGAACAGUAGAAGUUCGAGUGUCCAUCGCGGGUGUCAAUAUGCGAUUCGUUCGUGUAUUCGACUUGCCGCCUGAAAUACCAGAUAACGAUUUAUUGUAGGAACUGAGGAGAUUCGGAAAGAUAGAGCGUAUAAUACGGGAGAAGUUCCCAACAGGACUGGGUCUCGACCACAUGUGUAAUGGAGUCAGAGGAGUGUACAUGGAGGUGAAUAAGAACAUACCACCAACGAUAAUUGUCGCUAACCGGAAAGGAAGGAUUUUUUAUGACGGUCUCAGAGACACUUGUUUUUUGUACGAGGAAAUUGGACACCGAAAGGAUUCCUGCCCCCAGCGGGAGAAUCGGAGGAAAAAGGAAACUAAGAAGCAAGUUAGUGGCGGAUCGUGCUCGUACGCUGGAAUUGUGUCCGGAAAAGAAGCUGUAUCGCUUGAACGAGCUUCACCAGAAGUCUUGGAAAGCGAAGUUAUCGAGGUGUUAGAAGAAGAAGAAUACGAGGAUAUUAUCGAAGAGUCUACAGAAGAAUUGGAAGCGGAAAAGCAGUCGUCGGUUGUCCAUGGGAAAGCUGUCGAUACCGAAAAGGAAAGGAAACGGAAAGAAGGUUUGGAGAAACUGGAAGAGUUUGCCAAGGCGAUUCACGAUGCAAUGAAGAACCCACAGGCUUCUCAUCGACGUAACCAGUUCGCGACUUCAGGUUCCGGUUCCGGCUCAGGACCAAAAAUCAAAGUCGCCCGUAGGACUCGUUAUUGAUUUUUUAAGAAAUAAUUUUAAAAUAACAAAUGUUUUUUCCAGACUUGCGGCUCCGUAGAGUUUUCUAUAAAACAAUAGAG